GGGGCGCCUCCCGCUGGGGGAAUCACAGCCUGCAGAGCUGCAGACCGCAGUCCAGCCGCAGCGCACCGGGCCCGGCCGCGCCCCUGCAGACACAGGCUCGCCCUCGCUCGCCGCGCCCCUGCAGAACCGGCCCUCGCUCGCCGCGCCCCUGCCCAGACCCCCACCAUGGCCGGCAUCGCGGCCAAGCUGGCGAAGGACCGAGAGGCGGCCGACGGGCUGGGCUCGCACGAAAAGGCCAUCAAGUACCUCAACCAGGACUACGAGGCGCUGCGGGACGAGUGCCUGGAGGCCGGGACGCUCUUCCAGGACCCCUCCUUCCCGGCCAUCCCUUCUUCCCUGGGCUUCAAGGAGCUGGGACCCUACUCCAGCAAGACGCAGGGCAUCGUGUGGAAGCGGCCCACGGAGAUCUGCGACGACCCCGAGUUUAUUGUUGGAGGAGCCACCCGCACAGACAUCUGCCAAGGAGCCCUGGGUGACUGCUGGCUGCUGGCGGCCAUCGCUUCCCUCACCUUGAACGAAGAGAUCCUGGCCCGAGUUGUCCCCCUAAACCAGAGUUUCCAGGAAAACUAUGCUGGGAUCUUCCACUUCCAGUUCUGGCAGUACGGCGAGUGGGUGGACGUGGUCGUGGACGACAGGCUGCCCACCAAGGACGGGGAGCUGCUGUUCGUGCACUCGGCAGAGGGCAGCGAGUUCUGGAGCGCCCUGCUGGAGAAGGCCUACGCCAAGGUCAAUGGCUGCUAUGAGGCGCUCUCGGGCGGCGCCACCACGGAGGGCUUCGAGGACUUCACCGGGGGCAUCGCCGAGUGGUACGAGCUGAGGAAGGCCCCUCCCAACCUGUUCAAGAUCAUCCAGAAGGCUCUGCAGAAAGGCUCCCUCCUGGGCUGCUCCAUCGACAUCACCAGCAUGGCGGACUCGGAGGCCAUCACCUUCCAGAAGCUGGUAAAGGGGCACGCGUACUCAGUCACCGGGGCGGAGGAGGUAGAGAGUGGGGGGAGCCUGCAGAAGCUGAUCCGCAUCCGAAACCCCUGGGGAGAGGUGGAGUGGACGGGCCGGUGGAAUGACAACUGCCCCAACUGGAACAGCGUCGACCCAGAGGUGAGGGAGAGGCUGACCAGACGGCACGAAGACGGAGAGUUCUGGAUGUCGUUCGGUGACUUUCUGAGGCACUAUUCUCGCCUGGAGAUUUGCAACCUGACCCCUGACACCCUCACCAGUGAGUCCUACAAGAAGUGGAAGCUCACCAAGGUGGACGGGACCUGGAGGCGGGGCUCCACCGCGGGAGGCUGCAGGAACUACCCGAACACGUUCUGGAUGAACCCUCAGUACCUGAUCAAGCUGGAGGAGGAGGACGAGGACCAGGAGGACGGCGAGAGCGGGUGCACCUUCCUGGUGGGCCUCAUCCAGAAGCACCGGCGGCGACAGAGGAAGAUGGGGGAGGACAUGCACACCAUCGGCUUCGGCAUCUAUGAGGUGCCGGAGGAGAUGACUGGACAGACUAACAUCCACCUCAGCAGAAACUUCUUCCUGACGCACCGGGCGAGGGAGCGGUCCGACACCUUCAUCAACCUGCGGGAGGUGCUGAACCGGUUCAAGCUGCCGCCUGGGGAGUACAUCCUGGUGCCGUCCACCUUCGAGCCCAACAAGGACGGGGACUUCUGCGUCCGGGUCUUUUCCGAGAAGAAGGCUGACUACCAGGUGGUUGACGACGAGAUUGAGGCUGACCUUGAUGAGAACGAUGCCAGCGAGGACGACAUUGACGACGGCUUCAGAAGGCUGUUUGCACAGCUGGCAGGCGAGGACGCGGAGAUCUCGGCCUUCGAGCUGCAGACCAUCCUGAGGAGGGUGCUGGCCAAGCGCCAGGACAUCAAGUCGGAUGGCUUCAGCAUCGAGACCUGUAAGAUCAUGGUGGACAUGCUGGACUCAGAUGGCAGUGGCAAGCUGGGGCUGAAGGAGUUCUACGUUCUUUGGACAAAGAUUCAGAAGUACCAGAAAAUUUACCGGGAAAUCGACGUGGACAGGUCUGGCACCAUGAACUCCUACGAGAUGCGGAAAGCACUGGAGGAAGCAGGCUUCAAGCUGCCGUGUCAGCUCCACCAGGUCGUCGUUGCACGCUUUGCGGACGAUGACCUCAUCAUUGACUUCGAUAACUUCGUUCGGUGUCUGGUCCGGCUGGAGACGCUGUUCAGGAUAUUUAAGCAGCUGGAUCCCGAGAACACUGGGACCAUCGAGCUCGACCUCAUCUCUUGGCUCUGCUUUUCAGUCCUCUGAAGUCCUAACUGAUCUGCCUGAAGACAGCCAGCCGAGGACGAAGCCCCCACAGAGAAACUUUUUAUCUGGACCCCAAAAUGACGGGAACAUUUACCUAACCGAUGAAUGACUAGAGCUGAAAAUAAAGAUACUUUUUGAGACAGGUCUCACGUUUCACAGUAAAAAAGAUCUGCGUAUCCUGGUAUUACAUGCAGGUGACUCAAUCCUGGGUUAGCUCAGAGAAAACCUUCCAUCUAUAAACAGGUCCACGGUUUACUUUUACCCACUUGCCCGUUUAUGGCAAUAUCCAAUCGGAGAAAAACACAGGGAGGUAUUUUUAACCGCUGACCAAACACGAAGUCAGUCUCCAAGGACACGAGGUCCUUGCUGGGAACAUUGAAAGUAAAUUCCCGAUUAACAAUGCAGCUGUGGCAUUUGCCAAACAGCAGUGCGCGUCCCUGGAGUGAAACGGAAAACAGGAAGCAUCGAAGAGUGACAGGCCGGGCCAGCACGCACACCUCCGUCACGUGGUUGCAGAGAGAGCCAGGUUUUCUGUAGAACGGCCUGGUGACCCGUGUGUCGCAGAAGAUGCUGAAGCCACGCGGCCUUCGGCCCGCUAACCGAAGCGUGCGCGAAAGCAGGUGCCUGGUGUCCGAGACGAUUACGGGAAAGGACAGGAUGAGCCGUUCGUGGCCGGGACGUCAGCACCCCCGCGCUUGUGCGUGGAGCCGGGAGGGACACGGGUGGGAGAGCUUGAGCCCUGCUUCACCCUGGAAGACGCGAGCCGCCUUACACACCUACCGCCUUGUUGCCUUACUUCCUGCUGAACGUGCUGUUAAUAAAGAGUGACCCAAGCGG